AUGGGAAGCACGCAGUCGGCGUUGAAUUUCGGCGCGGGACCCGCCAAACUGCCACGCGAGGUCCUCGAGGAUGUCCAAAAGGAGUUCCUCUCCUACCAGGACACCGGCAUGAGCCUCAUCGAGAUGAGCCACAGGAGCAAAGAGUACACCAAGAUCAACGCGGACGUCCAAACGGCCGUCAGGGAACUCCUGCAAGUGCCGGACAACUACAAGAUCCUGCUGAUGCAGGGCGGCGGCUGCGGCGCCUUCGCCGCCGUCGCCAUGAACCUGAUCAACCGGACGGGCGCCGCCGAUUACGCGGUGACCGGCACGUGGUCGGCGAAGGCGGCCAAGGAGGCGGCCAAAUACGGCGAGGUGAAUUUGGUGUUUCCCAAGGCCGACAAGCCGGGCAGCAUCCCCGACAGGUCCACGUGGAAGAUGAACCCGCAGGCUUCUUACGUUUACUACUGCGAUAAUGAAACCGUCGACGGUGUCGAAUUUUCCUACAUACCGGAAACCAACGGAGUGCCAUUGGUCAGCGACAUGUCCUCCAGCAUAAUGAGCAAAAAAAUCGACGUAUCCAAGUUCGGCGUCAUAUUCGCCGGCGCCCAGAAGAACAUCGGCCCGUCGGGCGUCGUGGUGGUCAUCAUACGCGAAGACCUCCUGGGGAAUCCCAUGAAAUGCUGCCCGUCCGUCUUCGAUUUCACGCACAUCGCCAAGGAAAACUCCGUACACAACACCCCCGCCACCUUCUCCGUAUACGUCACCGAGAAGGUGUUGCAAUGGAUCAAACGCAACGGCGGCCUCGACGAAAUGGCCAAGCAGUCGCAGGAGAAGAGCGGCCUGCUGUACGGCGCCAUGGUGGCCUCGGGCGGCUUUUAUUCCUGUCCCAUCGACGAGGACUGCAGGAGCAGGAUGAACGUGCCGUUCCGCGUCGGCGGCGGCGACGAGAAGCUCGAAGAGCUGUUCCUGCAGGAGGCCGAGAAGCUGCGCAUGCACCAGCUAAAAGGCCACCGGUCGGUGGGCGGCAUCCGGGCCAGUCUCUACAACGCCGUCACGUUGGCGGACGUGCGGCUUUUGGUCCAGUUCAUGGAGGAGUUCCAGAAACGCCACGCCAAACAAUAG